AUGUAUCUUCUUGUUGAACAAUCUGACCUUCAAGUCCCUUUUAGUUCUUUAAUGGACAAACUCAGAAAGUCCUUCAAAUCUGACCAACGCCAUCCAAACCACCCUGAAGAACGACAAAUUCUCUUGAACCAAAGUGAAAAUCCCAUGGCAUCACAGUCUACUGAUCUGGGCGAUCGUAAAGACGUAGUAAUCAAAAUCACUGGCAAAGAGAACAGUAAACAAACUGAGAUUGCUUCACAAUCGCCGUCGCCGUCGCAGAUUUCCGAUCGUGGAAGUGAUACUACCGGCAAGAUGUGGGGAGACUCUAGCUACGAUUUCUCGAACGAUGUAACGUUGGCUAGAGUUGCGAGAGAGUUCGACUUUACGACAGAUUCACCGUUGUCGCAGCGUUCGCCGUUAUCGAGAAUUCCUGAGAGUCCGAACUACGGUCAAGUUUCGCCGAGGGAAGUGAGGGUUUCUUUCAACGAGACCACGACUGAGUCGGUUCGAAGACGGUCCAAUGCUGGUGCUGAGCUCAUUGGUGGUGAACAACAAGAGGUUUUAGUGUGCAGUUCGAACUCGUCGUUUCGGCAGAAAUCGAGCUUGUUGAGGACGAAGUCUAAGUCGAGGUUGAUGGACCCACCUGAAGAUCAGAGGUCUCAGAGACUCAUGAAGUCUGGUAUGAUCGGAAAAGUUAGUGAAAUUGACGAGGACGACCCUUUCUUGGAGGAAGAUCUACCAGAUGAGUACAAGACGAUGAAGUUCAGUACAUUGGCUCUGCUUCAAUGGGUGAGCUUGAUUUUGAUCAUUGCAGCUUUGGUCAAUGCAUUCAGAGAACGGAGAGCUCUUGCUUUAUCUCUCAAUGACACCAAAACUGCCGUAAACAAACUCCACCACAUGUUGAAUGUCCUUGUAGGACUCCUCAUAGUAGUUAUCUGGCUUCUUAUACUCAAAGUUGCAACUACCCAUUUCUUCAUCUUUUUAAGCUCCCAGCUUCUUUUGGUGGUCUUCAUGUUUGGAAACACAUGCAAGACAACAUUUGAAUCAAUCGUCUUCUUAUUUGUAUUGCACCCAUAUGAUGUGGGAGACCGAGUGGAAGUGGAAGGAGUUCAGAUGAUAGUUGAAGAGAUGAAUAUAUUAACAACUGUUUUUCUGAGGUUUGAUAGCCUAAAGAUCACAUAUCCAAACACUGUUCUAUCUACCAAGCCCAUCAGUAAUUAUUAUCGAAGCCCAGAUAUGGGAGAUUCAAUUGAUUUUUGUAUCCACAUCUCAACUCCCAUGGAAAAGAUUGCCAAGAUGAAAGAAAGGAUAACAAGGUACAUUGAAACCAAGGGCGAUCACUGGCACCCAGCCCCAAUGAUAGUUCUGAGGGAUGUGGAGGACAUGAACAGACUGAAAAUAUCAAUAUGGCUUUCACACAGAAUGAACCAUCAGGACAUGGGUGAGAGGUGGGCAAGGAGAGCUCUUUUGGUUGAGGAGAUGAUCAAAGUGUUCAAGGAGCUUGAUGUCGAGUACCGCAUGCUACCCCUUGACAUGAAUAUCCGCCAUAUGCCAGCCUUGACUUCAAACAGGCUGCCCUCUAUUUGGACAGCCUCUUCUACCUGAUCAUACAUGAAGAAUGACCCAACUUUUGCCAUUUCCUUUCAAACUGGCUCCUGAUCUUCUCUAAUACUUUUUCUCUCUAUUUUCGUCAUUGGUAGAUCACCACCAUGUAUUAUUAAGGGAUUCAUAUAUAUAAAGUGGUUCCACUUGGUUGAUAUACUAAAAAGAAAAAUAAAAUUGUAUUUGAAGAUGUUGUGAUUCAUGUGUGUGAUGAACAAUUAAUGAAACAGAAUAAUAGAAGAAGAAUAAAAAAUUUAC